GAUUUCCCCCCACGGCCGACCCAACGGCGCACGACCCAACGGCGGCCUCGCGUCCCAUGGAUGGACUCUUUGUUGCACGACGAGGCUCCAGGAGCGAUGAAGGUUCCUUGAGCAGCUUGGAUCGCGAUGGCGCACGGCAGAUUGUGGAGGCCAUGGCGCAGGAAAUCGCGGUGGACGAGGCCUGCGAGGCCAUGGACUGGGCCGAGGCGACGCCCGACCAGCGGCGCAUGGAAGCCUCCCUGCACAAGGAAGCAGGAAUCGUGGACAGCCUCUUCGCCCGGCGCCGCGACACGGAGUCCUUGGCCUCCGAGGGAUCCAAGACCUCGGCCGCCGGCGCAGCUGCAGCUGCAACCGUGGUGCCGGACUUGGCGGAGCAGGAUGGCCUCGCCGACACCCUCUUCGCCCGGCCCAAGAGUGCUCGGAGCGAUCCAAAGCCGAAGGCGUCGCUGGAGCUGGACAGCGACCCGUCCGAGGGGUCCGAGCCGGAGGCGGCUCCGGAAGCUGGAGAGGCCUUCGCGGCACUCGAGGCGGAUAGAACUGCUGCAGAUGGCAAGCCCAAGGUGGACGAAGAGAAGCCGAGCUACGCGGAGAGCAGGAGGUGUUCAUGUUCAGUGCGGACCUGCAGCAGAUGUUUGCCUUUCCUGGUCUUGGCAGCCUUGUUGGCCCUGGUCACGGCAGCCAUUGCGACCGGGUGUGAGGAGAUGCCUCCAUUGGGCAGGUUCUGUAUUGCUGAAGGACCCAUCCAGUGGGUUCUUGCCUUUGCGCCAGCGCUCUUGACGUUGCUGGCAUUGGGUGGUUGGCUGCGACGCAGACGCUCUCGCCAAAAACACACCGUCGAGACCCAAUGGCAACAGGACGGCGACGCGCAUCGGAGUGCUUUGGAGCUGCUCGAUGUGUUGCUGGACUCGCCGCCAGCAGAGGCAUUCAAGUACUCAAAGCAAGUCUUGCAAAUGGGAUCAGACUUCCUGCAAAAGGCCGCGAUUCAACAUAAAGUCUGCCUUGCCGUGGAGGCCAUUUGCCGAGAGCAGAAGAGCCAUGUUGCACGAAUGAAGGCAGAUGGCGCAGUGCCGAUCUUGCUGAAAGCGCUGGAAGAGCACAGGCGAGUUCGACAAGUGCAACAAGCAGCCCUGGAUGCUCUUUCGUGCAUGACCAAAGAGGGCAGGCAGGAGAUCUUCGACCUGGGCGGCAUCCCCAGCGUCAUCACCGCCAUGGCCAAGUUCCGCCGCGACGCCGACGUGCAGGUGGCGGGCGCUCUGGUGCUUGGUGGCCUUUGUGUGAGCUCCACGUCCUGCCGGUUUUCGGUGGCCAAGUAUGGUGGCAUCAACGCUUUGCCAUGCAAAACAUGGAUUUCUUCAAAGAGCACCACGCGGCUGGCCGCAGCUUUCUCGUACGUAUGGGCUUUGAUCGCUGCGCUGGAUCGUCACAAUCAACGGCCUGAUGUUGUGAUUGCCGCAUCUGAGUGCCUGGCAUUGCUUGCUUCUGGGCGUCAAGCAGAACUACUGGAGCGAGCCAUGCCGGCCUUGCCUUUGGUGCAAGAACAGAUGGCCGAAAUUGACAGCGAGGAUGCUUCUACACAGGCGGUGCUGCGAUCGCUGCAGAAGUUGGAAGCGCAACUGUUGGGCACCAAGCAAAGGUCGGAUGAGGAUGAGUGGUCUGACGUGGGUACUCCUCGACAAAAAGUGCAGACUGCCAUGGUGAAGAGUUCUCAAGAGGAGGCCAAACAGGUGGUGGAGCUCCACGAGCGCUUCCACCGAUGGAACGAGCGCAAGUCCGCUGAGCCCAAAAGCACCUGACCGCUGCAGCCAUCGAGUCGAGGUCGAACAUUUCACCACGCGCAGCGGAUGGAGGGGCGACACCCAGUUGGAGGGCGGUGUCCCGAGAUCGUCCACAAGAUCUCCAACAAGCCAGACUGGCGACCGCAGUCAGAUGAUUUCGCCUUCAGAAGUGUCUUCUCUCCGACUGAUCGGAACUCCUUCCUGGAUCGGAAAGGCCUUUCGUCAAUCCAGAAGGGGGACCUCAAGCCACGGCCACGGCCUCAUGGACGAUGGGCGGCCGCGUUGCGGUGAAGACCGAAGGGGCGAUCACAGGAAAUCACUGAAGAUGAGGCCGAGAUCAAGAUGCAGAUGACAAUCAAGAUGAUGAAGAGGUCAAAACCUGAAAGAAGGGAAAACCUCAAGACCAACACUUUUCGUUUCUUGCACUGCCAAAGCGGCCAAAGCAAUUUGUGACCUUGGACAGUCAAAGCAGCUG